UGUGUUGACGCGCGCAGAUUAGGCGCUUCCAAGUCUGACAAAAUAUAAUUUCACGUAACGUUAACCUGUGCAGCUAAAAUCCACCGCCAUGGCAUCAUAAACGGGUGCAGAAAGACACGGUUUCAUGCUCGGUAGGUGACCGGAGUCUGUCGAGACGCUGCGCCCCGAAACACAGACGGCAGCGAGGCUGGAGGAGCUACAAUGAGCUCGGAGCACCAGAGCGACAGCGAGGACGCGGACGAGUCGCAGGACAGGCCCAACAACGGCAGCGCCUCCGACAAAGAGGAGGACACUGACAUCGAGGACUCGGACGUGGAGGAUGACAUCGCUCCGAGGGUUUCUCCGUCCCCGCCGGGGAGCGGCGGGAGCAGGCCGGAGCGCAGUGCGCGUUCCCCGGCGUCUGAGGAGCGAGAGCCCCGUAGCGAGCCAGCCGCCGCGCCGCAGACAGGGAGCGGCGUCGAGGGCUCCAGCGCUGAGAUCCGCAGGGGGAACAGCCUAUUUUCUUGGCUGCAGAGCAGGACUAUAAAACGAGGGGUGUUUGUGGACCCAGCUAGGGAAAACUUCAGGACAAUGACCAGUUUAUACUGCUCUAUGAAUCCGGCUGCAGAGUCUGUCAACCUGAGCACUCAGACCCAUGGAGCGGUGUUCAACCUAGAGUACUCCCCGGAUGGGUCUGUGCUGACUGUGGCCUGCGAACAGACGGAGGUCCUGCUGUUUGAUCCCAUCUCAUCCAGACACAUAAAAACCCUGACGGAGGCUCACGAGGACUGCGUCAACAACAUAAGGUUUUUGGACAAUCGUUUGUUUGCCACCUGCUCUGAUGACACCACCAUUGCAUUAUGGGAUCUCCGUAAGCUGAAUUCGAAGGUUUGCUCGUUGCACGGCCACGCCAGCUGGGUGAAGAACAUCGAGUACGACACCAACACUCGUCUCCUCGUCACGUCUGGCUUCGACGGAAACGUCAUCACGUGGGACACCAACAGGUUUACAGAGGACGGCUGCCCGCACAAAAAGUUCUUCCACACCCGUUACCUAAUGAGGAUGCGUCUGACACCCGACUGUUCCAAGAUGCUCAUCUCCACGUCCUCGGGGUAUCUGCUCAUCCUCCACGACCUCGACCUCACACAGUCCCUCGAGGUGGGCAGCUACCGCAUGCUGCGAGCGCGACGGACGCCCCUCAGCUCAGAUGGAGGCACGUCAGCGUCACGCUCAGCUGGAACUCCUCGCCAGGGAAAUGACUCCAGCAAGCUCCACCCUCACAGAGAAGGUCUUUCUCCCAGAAACAGCCUGGAGGUAUUGACUCCGGAGAUCCCUGGAGAGAGAGACAGAGGGAACUGCAUCACCUCCCUGCAGCUCCACCCGAAAGGCUGGGCCACGCUCAUCCGCUGCUCCAGCAACAUGGACGACCAGGAGUGGACGUGUGUGUAUGAGUUCCAGGAGGGAGCGCCCACCCGCCCGCUCGUCUCCCCCCGCUGUUCCCUCCGCCUCACCCACUACAUCGAGGAGGCCAACGUCGGCAGGGGGUACAUCAAAGAGUUGUGCUUCAGCCCGGACGGACGACUCAUCUGCUCCCCGUACGGAUACGGCGUCCGCCUCUUGGCCUUCGACGAGAACUGCGGCGAGCUGGCCGACUGCCUGCCCGUCCAGACCAGCUGCCUCAGGGAGAUCCGCUCCAUCUACUCGCACAGCGACGUGGUGCUCACCACCAAGUUCUCCCCGACACACUGCCAGCUGGCCUCGGGCUGCCUCAGUGGACGCGUCGCCCUUUACCAGCCCAAAUUUUAGCCACGGCCGAUGUCAAAGAACGCUGCGCCGCAGACCUGGGUAAAGAAGUGCUAAUCAGGGUUCCUGCACAGAUCUAGACAUUUGUAGAAGAAGAAUGCCCCAGUUUGUACAACAACUUUUUGAUGGUCUUAAACUCCUAGCAUUUAAUAUAUGCAGAUCUGUGUUGUGCAAUUAGUCGAAUUGCAAUUGCAAUAUUGUCUAUUGCAAUAUCAAAACUGCAGAAAGGUGCAAUAUUUGUUAAAGGCAGAACGUGCCAAAAUACCUUCUGAAAAAGUAUUGUUGUGCUGCAAGAUGCCCUGGCCUAUAAAUGGCUUACAACAGCUGUUGUUUAGUAGAGUUAACACUAUGAUCAUUUGAAUAUAUUUUUCUCAGAAAAAAAGAAAAAUGACGGAAAAAAAAGAAUUCCCUCCAAUAUCGUGAAUCAUAGCGUUCCAGUAAAAAAAAAUUACAAUUCUAUAUUCUUUCCCAAAUCGUGCAGCCCAAGCAAAUAACAUCCUUAAAGUAAUACAGCGUACUUGGUAUCCUUUGGUACUAAUUAUAUCAAACAAAAGUGUUUACAAAAGCGCACACACAUCCAGAUAAUAAAAACUAGGUGCUGGACAGAAGAAUGUAUAGAAGAUGGAGAAAUCUAGAUAAUGCUCUCAUGAACAUAUUUAUUUACCACCAGGAUGGUUCAUAUGUCACCUUGAUGAUAAAAUAAAGAAUAUUUGUUCAUCGGAGCAUUAUCUAGUGUGCUAUUUCUCCGUCAACUGAAUAACAUAAAAACCAUCAAAUUAUUUUUUUCUAAAAAUCAGAAUCUUUAAGAACCCUGAGAAAUAUUUCCUAGCAUUUGUUUUAAAGUGCUAAAAUUGGACCAGAUGGGUCGAAUUUACUGCUUUCAGAUAUUUCCAAUAGUUUGCUAUGCGGUAUAAAGGGAAUAUUCUGAGACAAUCUAUAAA